CCAUAUGAUGAAAUGUGUAUUGAUCAAUGAUGUCUUCAUAUAAAGAGCGCUUGGAUUUGAAAGGGCUGGAUGAUGAAGAUGAUUUAAGUGAUAAUGAGGUUUUUACUAGAGGUGGAAAAUCCAUUCCCCUGGAAGAAAAUGGUGUUAACAAGCCGCUUAUGGCCCCUCGACAACGCAGUAAAGAUACGCUACAAACGAAAGUGAGAAAAGUACCAUCUUUGCGUUAUAUAUGGGCACCCAUAUUCUAUUUUUUAGUAACGCUUUCUUCUAUUAUAAGUGUUAUAGGGCUAGUUGUAUUUCUCAUCAAUAUUUUUAUGAAAAACGCUUCAUCUAGUAACCAUCUAAAUAAAGCACACAACACUUUAAAAUUGGUACCUUGUACAAAGAUCACAACCCAAGAUGUUUGGGUUAAAACUUUUCCCAUGCUCACAACUGAGACCGCCAUACGCCUCAACGACAUUAAUGCAGAUGGCAUUGAAGACAUUAUUUUAGGAUUUGGGACAGGUGCUGAUGCAUUUUAUUACCCUCAAGUUGUUUGUCAUGUUUAUUUUCCAAAAUCUAAAGAUGGAUGUGGAGGGGGAAUAUUAGCUCUAGAUGGUAAAACUGGCAAUGAAAUUUGGAGGCACUAUUCUGCUCAUGAAAUUUUUGCCAUCAAUUGUAAUGCAGAUUUGAAUGGUGAUGGCAUCAAAGAUUGUUUAGGAGGUGGUCGAAUGGCAGGAUUUAGUGCAAUUAGUGGAAAAGAUGGGUUGUUGUUGUGGGAAUUUGAUGACCAAAAUGCUAAAAUUGAUGCUUCCAAUGUUUACACACCUCAAUAUUUGGGAGACAUAGAUUUUGAUAGUAUUCCUGACAUUUUAGUUAUACAUGGUGGAGAUCCCCUUAAAGAACCAGGUAGUGAAACUAGAUUAAUAGGAAGGUUAAUGAUUGUGAGUGGGAAAACUGGGCGUGUUCUUCGUUGGGUGCAAGUACCUGAUGGAAAAGAAAGUUACUACUCACCUCAACUUUUGACUCAUUCUGAUGGAGCGAAUUUAGUUCUCUUUGGAACUGGAGGUGAAACCCAUGGUGGAUCUCUGUGGUUCAUAAAAUUGAAAGAUCUAAUGACUGGCGAAGUGAAUCGAGCAAAAAAAAUUUACUCUGAUCGAUUUAAAGGCAUCAUGACUCCACCUGUUCUAAUAGAUGUUACUGGUGAUGGUGUCUUAGAUAUUAUUAUGGCUAUGUUCAAUUCUUCGGUUAUAGCUUUCAAUGGACUUGAUUUUUCUAGAAUUUGGGAGUAUCAUCAGCCAUCUUCAGAGACAUAUAGUACUCCAGGAGUUGGAUACUUUAAUAAUGAUUCUGUUCCUGAUUUUAUAAUCACCUAUCAAACAGGACCUGGAUUUCCUAUUUAUUAUUUCACACAGACGACAAUCUUGGAUGGAAGAACAGGGAAACCACUUCUAGCACAACCUAUUAAAAUGGUGGUUGGCACUCAGACAUCUUCAUUAGUAAUCAGUGUAAAAGGGACAGGAAAUGAUAUAUUCUUAUACUGGGUGUCCGAUUGCCAUGGCUCUAAAAAUAAUUCUAAUCUGGAGUAUGAUUUCUUGAAAGGGACAAGUGUUCAUGAACAAUCAAGGGCUGAUUUUUGCAAAUUGCGUUUUAAAGAAAAGUUAUUUACAAAAAUGUAUGCUUUGACCAGCCAUAUGUCCUCUCCUGGAAAAGUAAUUUAUGAUUCAGACCUCAGAAAAGCAACAGAAUAUAGCAAUCCUAUAAAUUACACGGCUUUAGGAUUAGAGUUUCUGUACAGACAUCCUAGUUAUCAAGAAGAUUAUAGAAUGUAUGCUGAUGAAAAUGUUGAUUUUGAGAACCAUGUGUUACAACAAGACUUUGCAGAUUUACCUAAUCAGUAUGAUGAUAUUCAGUUAGAGAAAAUGCUUAGUCGUCAACCCCAAUCGGGUAGGAAUUAUCCAGAUUUUGCUUCAUAUAGUUUACCUGAUUACCAAAAUGACGGAUCAUUUUACAUGCCGCAAGGAAAUUCUGGCAACGAAGGCUAUUACCCAGCCAACUACCAAUCCUCUGCCUAUCGUGUUAAGAAGCCAAGAACGAAAAAGAUAAAUCUUUGGCCAAGACAGUAUCUGCCUGUUCCAAAUAGCAGGCCACGUUUUUUCCCUCGUGGUCCAACUAAUGCUCAAGUGAAAAGAAAACGACGAUCAGUUUCAAAAGCAUCAGUAAGAUACAAACAGGAACUUACCAAACCGAGAAGGAGUUAUAGUGGCAAAUAUAGAAUAAAGAGACAUGUAGGCCCACAUGAUGGAGGAGGAAUACAGAGAACCAUAUCUACAGGGACACUGGCUCCAAGUCUGUCAAAAGAAGGCAUUGAUAUUCUUUAUGCAACAUUUUGGUUUUAUCCAUCAGAUGUACAGGGAUUGCUCCCUGAAGAUAAGGAAUGUAUAAAACUAAGAAUGGAAGAAGAAAAAGAGAGAUUUGAUCCUACAAGUAUCUUCUAUGGAAUGGAUCAUGAUGCGUAUGAAGAGGUAAUCACGGAAGAAUGUUUGAAAAGAAGUGGUCAUCUUAAAGUGCAUAAGAAGACUAAGCUGUAUAAUCCAUUUAAUCGUCCUAUGGGUCAGAUGACAGUUUAUCGAACUCAUUUAAAUUGUGUGUGCCCAGAAAUCAACAAAACUUUUAGUUCCAAAUGUGCAACCAUUUUACCAUUCAAAGAGCAAAUGUGGACUUCAUAUAUGGGCUUUUAUGGAAAUUCCGUGGCUAUGCCUCGAAAAGAUUUGUAAAAACAUUGUAUAUUAGAUCACUUGUAAAUAAAUACC